AUGGCGACGCCCGCGGUGAAGCGCAAGCGUCGCGUGUUGAAGCCGCUGAAGAAGGAGCCCGCGGUGGACGAGACCGCGUCCUGGGAGACCGUGAGCGUCGACGAGGGGAACUGCCCGAGCGACGGGUGCUCGUUCGAAGCCGCGUUGCCCUUCGACGAAAACAAAUACGCGCGAGGGUACCAAGCCUCGAAGCACAGCUCCGAGGACGCGCGCGCGCGUCUGGCGAUCCAGGUCGAGACCCUGCGCGCGCAGCGAGAGGCGGACCUUCAGGCGAAGGCUGCGGUGCUCGCGGAGAUCGAGCGCGCGCGCGAGGCGGGGAUGAGCGCGGAGGAGAAAGCCGCGGCCAAGGCGCAGAAGGACGCGUUUUACUUUAGCGUCGCCGGGCUCGCGUCGUUGGCCGCGCUGCAGCCGUGCGCGCCCGCGGACGCGGCGAUCACGACCGCGGCGGGGAUCGACCCGUUCUUCAACUUCAACCCGGUGUGCCCAGCCUCGGACGGCGUCUUCAGGGUUGGCCAGAAGGCGGCGUUGUCGCUCGCGGGGGAUCAAAACAUCGAAAACUACCGCCCGCUCAUCAACGACGUGCUCAUCCGCGUCCGCACGGAGCUCUGCAUCCUCGAGUCCUUCUCCAGAGAGACGAUGGUGCCGUUCAUCAAAGAGAAAGGCGUCGGGUGGGUGUUGCCGCUGCACGAGACCUCGGAGACGUACCUCGCCGGCGUCGUCUUCAUGGUGGGCGCGAACUUCAUCCUCCUCGGCUCCACCAAGGUUGUCGCCAUCCUCGCCAUCUACCACGACCUCGCGCGGGGCUUCUCGCGCGCGCCGCGGGCGGCUGCUCGGGAUGGCGACCCCGGAGGCGGACGCGGAGAAACGCGAGCGCGAGUUCAGCGAGCUGAUGGACCGGCAGACGACGGAGAUCAAGGCGCUGAUGGACGAGACGAGCGCGCUGGGGAAGGCGGUGCCGCUGCGGGUGUACGGGAGGGCGUCCGGGGCGCUGCGCGAGGGUUGGAGGUGUUCGACACGUUUUGUUCGCGGUACUUCGUGGCGUUCACGGUGACGUACGUGCUCGUGAAGACUGGGCACUACGUCCUGUUCCCGAACUUGUUCGACUGA